CUUCUUUAUCUCAUUCCUCGUCUCGGUGAUUAUUUGUCGUUUUCUCCGAAACAAAAUCAAUAAUAAUAACAGACUUCGUUCUAGGGUUCACUUCGAAUUUGGAAACUUCACUUGGAAAUUCUUCUCUCAAUCGUGGAAGAUGGCUGAACAGAUUGGAAUAACCAAGCCAGCAGCUUCAUUUGAGUAUGAACUUUUAGAAGGGGAUCCUGAUCACGUUAGAACUGUUGUAGCUACUCCUUCUCAGGCUAAGCCUUGGUUUGAGCCUGAUUCGGUGAAACUUAAGCAUAGGAUUGGAAGAGGUCCCUUUGGUGAUGUUUGGUUGGCGACUCAUCAUCAGUCAGCUGAUGAUUUUGAUGAGUAUCAUGAAGUGGCUGUAAAGAUGUUGCAUCCACUGAAGGAAGACUGUACAAAAACUUUUAUUGAUAAAUUCGGGGAGUUGUUUCUGAAGUUUAGAGAACUUCCAGGUGUUUGUUGGUUGCAUGGUAUUUCAGUCAUAAAUGGAAAGGUUUGCAUUGCCAUGAAAUUUUAUGAGGGAUCUGUUGGUGAUCGAAUAGCUCAACUGAAAGGAGGCAAGCUUCCAUUGCCUGACAUCUUAAGGUAUGGGAUCCAGUUGUCAAAAGGAAUCUUGGGGUUGCACUCUAUUGGACUGCUGGUUUUGAAUUUGAAGCCUUCAAAUUUCUUGCUUAAUGAAAAUGACCAACUCAUCCUGGGAGAUCUUGGGUUGCCAUAUCUACUUCUUGGAUUUCCAUUGUCUGAUUCUGAUGUGGCUCUCAGACUUGGAACCCCAAACUACAUGGCCCCAGAACAGUGGGAACCAGAAGUGAGGGGUCCUAUAACUUUGGAGACGGAUUCUUGGGGUUUUGGAUGUAGCAUAGUGGAGAUGUUGACUGGUGUCCAGCCCUGGUUUGGGAAAUCAAUUGACGAAAUAUAUCAUUCGGUAGUUAUUAAGCAAGAAAAACCAUAUAUUCCAAGUGGCCUGCCCCCUGCCGUGGAGAAUGUUCUUAAGGGUUGCUUUGAGUAUGAUCUCCGUAAUCGUCCUCUAAUGGCAGAUAUCUUGCAUGUCUUUGAAAGCUCGCAGAAUGCUGUUUACAGUGAUGGAGAAUGGAGUGGUAUAGGAAGCAGAGUACUUAUGGAAAAACCGGGUGUUAAAGGCUAUACUUCUUGGUAUCUUUUGAAGGAUCAUCUCCAAGUGGGUGACUCAGUCCGUUCAAGAAAGCCGCUCAAUGGACGUAGGCCUCAGAGAAUGGAUGUUCCUGAGGGAACUGUGGUUGGUCUGGAUACUGAUACAGAGAGGAGUGGUUUUGUUCUGGUUAAAAUCCCUUCAAUGCACAAUCCUCUAAAAGUGCAGGAGUCGACUCUCGAGAGGGUUUCAUCUGGCUUUGCUGUGGGGGAUUGGGUGCAGUUAAAGGAUGAAAACAACAAGCAUUCUACUGUUGGAAUUCUGCACUCUGUGCAACGUGAUGGAAGAGUCGCAGCUGGAUUCAUAGGGUUGGAGACUCUUUGGACGGGAAAUGCUUCUGAGAUUCAAAUGGCCAAGGCUUAUUAUGUGGGGCAAUUUGUGAGGCUCAAAGCAAAUGUGUUCACUCCCAGGUUUGAAUGGCCUCUUAAGAGUGAAGGAGAAUGGGCCACUGGGAGGAUCUCGCAAGUACUUCCAAAUGGUUGUCUCAUUGUAGGAUUCCCAGGAAGGUUUGUGUUUGGACAGGAAUCGAACAACUCCCUGGCAGAUCCUGCAGAAGUGGAACUGGUGUCUUUUGAAACUUGUCCGGGCAUGGUGGAGAAGUAUCAACAUAUUGAAGAUUACCACUGGUCUGUGAGGCCACUUGCGAUUGCGCUGAGUUUAUUCACAGCCAUGAAGUUUGGCUUGUUUGUUGGACGAAGUGUCAGUUCAAAACUGAAAAAGCGUAGGAGUUCCACCAGAGGCGACAGCCAGGAUGGCCCUGCCGGCAGCAAUGCAGCUUGGCUUCCAUCACCGGUUGCAAACAUCAUUUUCAGAGAAGGAAACCCUCCCACUGCUGCUGCUAGGUAAAUUCAAUUUGGGUAAGUUUGAUAAAUUUGAUGUGAAGUACACUAUGAUCUCUGGGUGUUUUCACAUUCAUAAUUGGGAUGAUAUCAUAAGGUCACAUGGAUGAAGUUAUUCGCUGCUGUUAAAGCAGAAAAAACAUAUUUUGCCAUUGAUCAUGAGACAACGAUGUACAUAUGUAUAUAAAAGAUUUUAAAUAUCAAUAAUAUUAGAUAUCCUAAAAGUUAUCUAGAAUUUCUUAUCUU